AUGAUGCAUACAAUGCGUAUCUUCUCACGAUGGUUAUUAUACAGAAGCAUUGUCGGAGUCACGGUAGAGCGGGCUCCGAGGAAGCCUCCCUCAGGACUGCGUAUGCCAUUAGAAUUUAGAUUGUUAUCAUUACUUGACAAUGGUGUGAUCGAACGCCUAGCUCAGUAUGAGCGGCUGGUGGGAGGAGGAUGUGCCAGGCGAAGAGCGGCGCGCCUCUCCGACUUGGAGCGCGUGCAGGACCUCUUCCCGCACGACUACCUCGCGCUGCACGACGCAGAUGCGCUUGCGUCGCAUCACGUACAGAAAUCGAAAAGCCUGCGCAAGCGCCCGAGCUUGGAUAUCGGCGGAACAGUCGGCACGAACAGCUCGCUUCUGCCAAGAACUUUUAUUAUGGAAGCACCAGUUCAACUGUCGCCACUCGGGUCAACUUCCCCACCGCUAGACAGACAUCUAUUUCUCUUCAACGACCUGUUGCUGGUAGGAAAAUCGAGAGGAGCGAAUUGCUUUAAGCUGAAGGAGAGUGUAAGAUUGGCAGAACUGUGGAUAUCAAUGCCGGAUGGUGAAGACACUGGUUUCUUGGUCGGGUGGCCCACUGUUGGUGGAGUUAUCAACUACCUCGCUACUUACCCCACCCAAGCAGCUCGGGAUACGUGGUAUAGGAAAAUUCAGAACGCCUUGAACACCCAGCUGACCAGCGAACCAAAGUCUACGAAUAUACAAAUAUUCUACAAAGACCAAACAAGUUCAAUAGAAUUCUGCAAGACUGUAUCAGUGAACCCUGAUAUGAGUGCCCGCUGCGUAGUCCGUCAAGCGCUGCACGUGCUGCAAGCGGGCGCUGAAACCGAAAAUGAUCACGACGAAGGAGAUGGAGACGAGCGCUGGGGAGCUGCUAAUGAUUUCAAUCUUUGGGUUCGAACUGGUCGAGAAGCGCCACCAACACCGCUGCAAGGAAACGAAAGACCACAUGCGAUUCAGAUGUCACGAAUUAGACAAACACUCUCUAACGAAGACGGCUUUGACCUGGAACAUGUUAAUGCCAAGAAUAAUCCUUGCGGCCUCGUCUUUGAAUUAAGGAAGAAGAAUCAAGCUUUGAAGAGCAACACUAGCGGUGGUCGUGGAUUGCGUCUCUUGCGCCGAGGUGGACGAUUAUUUGGGGUCUCAUUGACUCGGCUAUGCAGCGGCUCCCCUCCCCCCGCUCUGUUACACGCGCUGAAACGUUUACGUGCGCAUGCGCCACUUACACAUGGAGUUUUCAGACGCAGUGCCAAUGCUAAAGCACUAAGACUACUUAGAGAUAAGUUGGACACCCUAGGUCCAUGGGCGCCAGGAUGCCCUGAGUUAGACCGUGCCCCAGUGCUGUUACUAGCGGCGCUAGUGAAAGAAUUUUUCCGAGCAUUACCUCAGCCAUUGCUUCUUGCCGAACUAUACCCCGCCUGGCUUCAAGUCUUAAAUCUACCACAAACCGAAAAAGUGCCAGCCGUUCGUUCCUUACUCCUAAAGUUGCCUAAGCCUCACUACACAAUGCUAACCUACUUCGUGUGUCUAUUGCAAGCGAUUGCGAAAAAGUCUAACAUAAACCUCAUGUGCCCCAUGAACUUAGGUGUUUGUGUCGGACCCAGUCUACUGUGGCCCACUGUCCCCUGCGACAAAGCCCCCAAGGCCGUACCUAUGGUUGUAGAACUCCUCAUCGUGAAAGCCGAAGCCCUAUUCGGGCCUCAAAUAGCUGGUCUUCUCGGAAACGGCUCUCCUGAAUCUUCCAACGCUUUGCUCGACUCCGGCGCAGAAGAAAGCGAUAGCCUUCAUUCAGUCGGCAUAUCUUUAGACUCGAUGGAGCUUUCCACACCAAGGAAGGAGAAACUCUCACUAAGCAGAGAUUCGGGGCUGACGCUUUCAGAAGACGAUUCUAACAGUAACGGUGGUAACAGCCCAGCUCCACGUAACAUUUUACACAGUCUCUCGGCGCCAACUUGCAACAUGCAACAAGAAAAAUUGGGUAACACUCGUUACAACACAGACAACCACAACGUAAAUGGACUUCCGCCGAUUAAUCAGCGGCAGCAAAGUAUUUACACGAAUAAGGCAGAAAUAUACAGUACCGUGAACGAGGAUCUAUACACGAUGCCAUAUAUGGGCGAGAAAUAUGUGCAUAAUUCGAUAAACAUCGGAAUUUCUAACGGCGUCGACGACAGAAAUUACGUGUCGAAGACCGCCGUUCAAAGAUCGACGGCCGAUAUUUAUGGCCAGGGUCCAGCUAAGUACAUCACGGGGAUGGAACCCCAGAAGCCACCGAGAAGCAAUGUUUCGAAGGCGGCGCGCACUUCCAAAGUUUACAGUAUGUACUCGGAUACACAAGAGGCCGAUAAAAAUAUGACUAAUAAAGGUUUCAAUCGCGCCAAGAGUUCCGACAAUUUACUAGAGUCGAAACAAGAUAUCAGUUCGAAUCGAGACCUGAUUUCCAGUCAAGAAAAUAUCGUAUACAGCAACAUUCACGACCUCGCCAUGUUCACUGAAAAUAUACAACGUCAAAAUCAAUAUCCAACGCGCUCCGAGUUACUGUCAAAUAUGAACACAAAUUACUCUCGAGUUUACACGGGUUGGGAGAAUAAAAGUCCCAACUACAGCAAUCCAGGUAAUGCGAAUGAAAAGCUAUAUGGGCAAGUGAAGAAACAUGGAGAAUCCUCGCAAAAGUUGGAAGGAAAGGAAUCACCGGCAGCCACCAUUUUUACUAGAAAUGACUGGUCUCGUCAAGCAGCGAGGACGAAGAGUUUGGAAACGAACGACGAAGGGCAACAUGUCUCGACUCGCAACGGCAACUACGACAUAAACAUCGUCAACAGUUGUCGUAAAAGACGCUUUGAUCCAGCCCAUAUGUGUACGAAAAAUUGCAUUACAUUAUCUGUGGUAAACGGCAGAGACAAAGAGAAGCAAACACUCCAUCCGCUUCAGAAUUCGUAUUCUUACAUCGACGAUAUGCGAGCGAGCGCUGAAGAAAGCAAAAAGUCCAGAAUUCGAACUUAUAACAACAACAAGCUAAAUCAAUCUAAAUCAUUGGCGAACAUUAUUUUGCAAAGCGAUUCCAGCAGCAACGACACUCUGUACCAGCCGCAGAGUUCAUUCAACAGUCGCUCCACUGAAUCGCCAGCGAGCGAAAACUCUUUCGAAAACUGCUACACGACCCAAUACAUUGAACCUCUGUACACGUCUGUGCACAGCCGCAGAAGGGACCUUUACCACGAAGACAAAACCAACAUGUUCUCCUCCGAUAUCUACAAAGCGACACCGACUUCCGUCCAACCGGAUUACACUGGUGACGAGCCGAAUAACAAUAAGAAACCUCCACACGUGCCACCGCCGGUCCCACCGCGAAAAAUGGUGUAUCAGAGGGUAUUGAAGAAGUUUCAGCCAGUUCACGUAACUAAGGACGAUAAAGUGUCGCGGUCUACGUCAGUGCCACCAGUAUACAGGGACCCACCGAACGGUACAGAGAAGAACGAAAAUGGUGUAGCAUUGGAUGGUUCUGAAUCGGACACGGAGUCAGAAUCGUACGUCUGA